AUGGCUGACAGCGCUGGAGAAUGGUGCCUCAUCGAGAGCGACCCCGGCGUGUUUACAGAAUUGAUAAAAGAUUUCGGUGUGGAUGGCGUACAGGUGGAAGAAUUAUGGAGCUUAGAUGAGGAUAGUUUCAAAGAUUUAGAGCCAGUUCAUGGGCUUGUAUUUUUAUUCAAGUGGGUGAAGGACGAUGAACCGGCAGGGUCUAUUGUUCAAGAUAGCCGCCUGGAGAAAAUCUUUUUCGCUAAGCAAGUUAUAAACAAUGCAUGCGCUACACAGGCAAUUUUGAGCAUUUUAUUGAACGUCAGUCACACGGAUAUAAACCUGGGACCGACUUUAUCCGAUUUCAAGGAGUUUGUCGUCUCAUUCGAUGCCUACAACAAGGGUCUAGCUCUUAGUAAUGCUAGCCAGAUCCGUACCGUGCACAAUUCAUUCGCGCGGCAAACUUUAUUUGAGCUGGACAACAAGAAUGCGGCCAAGGAGGAUGUAUUUCAUUUCGUCGGAUACGUUCCUGUGGAUGGGCGGCUGUAUGAGCUGGACGGUUUGAAAGAAGGCCCGAUCGAUCUUGGUGCCGUGGGACCUGGUCAGGAAUGGCUGAAAGUUGUUCGUCCAAUAAUUGAAAAGCGAAUGCUUAAGUACAGCAAAGGAGAGAUCCACUUCAAUUUGAUGGCAAUCGUGUCUGAUCGGCAACAAAUCUACCAGCGCCAGAUCGAUCAGUUGCUGGCAUCUGAGGAUGUGGAAAUGGAAACCGAUUUGAAGCAAGAAGAAAUUGGUCGAUUGAGAAUGUUGAUGGAAGAUGAAGCGGUCAAGCGUAAGCGGUAUAAAACUGAAAACAUCCGGCGUAAGCAUAACUUCCUUCCGUUUAUCGUCGAAUUACUUAAAACACUGGCUCAAAGUGGCCAGUUGAUGCCGCUAUACGAAAAGGCAAAGCAGCGCGCUCUUGAACGAGAAGCUACGAAGUCGAAACAAUCAUAAGAUGGUUGAUUUCGGUUGAGCAUUUAAUUGAAUAAAAUUUUCUUUCUCUAGUUGCGAUGAAUCAUA